AAUAAAUUAUAUAUAUAAAAUUAUAUUUUUUUUUAGAUAUAUAUUAAAAGAUAAAAAAUGAUUUCAUCACCUAUAUCUACUUGCACAGAAGUAGUAGAGAUGAUUUCAAAACUUCCAAAAGAAGUUUUUGAAAAAAGCACUAGAUCAGCUACCAAAAAAUUAAUAGCAUCAAUUUCAUUAGUUACAAUUGGUGCUUAUUUAGUAUAUGCAUUACCAUGGUAUUUAUUACCAAUUGGUUGGAUUUUUAUGGGUACAGCAUGUUGUGGUUUAUUUGCUGUUGGUUAUGCAUGUGGUAACGAUUUAUUUUUCAAAAAUAAAUUUGUAAACUAUGUUGUUGGUACCAUCUGUAUGUUACCAUUAAUGUAUCCUCUCGACUAUUGGAAAAAGAGAAUCGAAAAGAAAGCUUCAGAAGGUCGUGACUUUGUACGUGAAAUCGCUUCCGGUCACUAUUGGUAUUUCUCAUCACUUUUACAAUGGUUAUCAUUAAAUUUCUCAUUCAAAUUCUCCAAAGGCAUGAUGUUAAGUGUUUCAUUCCUCUACUUGUUCAUCGCUCUUUUCUUCCCAUUGAUGACUUAUGGUUUUGGUGUUUGGGGUCUCUUUAAAUAUUAUUUAAUUCCAUUAUUUGUAUACCACUUUUGGAUGUCAACCUUCCUUAAAGCCUCAUCACUUUCAAACUUUUCAAGCAAACCAACAUUCUUUGCUCUUCCAUCAUGGGUCGAAUAUCUUACCCAAGAUUUUAACAUUGGUGUCACUCUUACCAAUAUGUCACAAAAUAUUGGUGUUCCAUCAUACAAAUGGAAAGAUGCUUACAAAGCUUUAAAGAAAGAAUAUGAAAGUAUUACUGAGCUUUCAUUUGCCACCCUUUUAACCCAAUUACCACCAGUUGUCCAACAUGUCGGUGAAAAAUCAACUCCAACAGUCGAGUUAAAUAAAGAAGAAAAUAGUGGUGAGGUUUUAUAUGCCGUUCAUCCAUCAAGACCAUGGUACGAAAAAGUUAAUUGGAAAAUUGCCGCUUUCUUACUCGGUACACCAGUACUCGCUAUUUAUGGUAUUCUUACUACUCCAUAUGUUACCAAAACUUAUAUUACUGCUUUCAUUGCUUACUAUAUCGCUGGUAUGGGUAUCACUGCUGGUUAUCAUCGUCUCUUUUCACAUCGUUCAUACAAAGCCAAAUUACCAGUUCGUAUUAUUCUCAUGUUGAUGGGUACUAGUACUUUUGAAGGUAGUGUAUUCGAAUGGUGUCAAGAUCAUCGUGCUCAUCAUCGUUUCACUGAUACAGAUAAAGAUCCAUAUAAUGUCAAAAAAGGUCUUUUCUAUUCACACAUGGGUUGGAUGCUCUUAAAACGUAUUCCAGGUGACUCUGAUAUCAGUGAUCUUGAAGCUGAUCCAGUUCUUCGUUUCCAACACAAAUAUUUUGUACCUUUAGCUUUUAGUUUGGGUUGGUUUGUACCAAUGUUUAUUUGCGGUUUAGGUUGGGGUGACUGGAGAGGUGGGUUCUUAAUUGCUGGUGUUGCAUCCAAAGUUUUCAUGAUGCAAUGUACCUUCUGUAUCAACAGUUUAGCUCAUUAUCUUGGCGAAGCUACUUACACCGAUCAACGUUCACCACGUGAUUCAUUCAUCACCUCAUUAGUUACUUUUGGUGAAGGUUAUCAUAACUUCCAUCACGAAUUCCCAUAUGACUAUAGAAAUGGUAUUCAUCACUCAGCUUAUGACCCAGGUAAAUGGUUAAUUUGUCUCCUUUCAUGGUUUGGCCAAGCUUACGAGCUCAAACGUUUCCCAAGUGAACUUUUUGUUAAAGGUAAAAUUCAAAUGGCUGAAAAGAAAAUUAGAGAACAAAGAGAUAAAUUAAAUUGGGGUAAACCAAUAUCAGAACUUCCACAAUAUACCCGUUUAGAAUUCAAAGAAAAAUGUCAAAAAGAAAAGAAACAAUGGUUAGUUGUUGAAAAUGUUAUUUAUGACAUGAUUGAAUUCGCUUCAAACCAUCCAGGUGGCAAACAACUUAUUGAUGACUACAUUGGAAAAGAUGCCACCCGUGCUUUUAAUGGAGCAGUUUAUAAUCAUUCUUUUGCUGCUAGAAACUAUUUAGAUAUGUACAGAUGUGCUGUUCUCAAAAAUGAUGAGGAAAAAUCAAACUAAAAUACCCAAAUUUAUUUUUUAAUAAAAUCCAUUAUAUUGUUUUUAAAAAAAUAAUAUAAAAUUAUCUCC